CACGAAAUCAAAUUACAUUUACGCGCCGAUGCACUACUAUGCUCGCGAUUGUUUCGCUUUUCGUAAGUUUCUUCCCGGUGACAGUUCCUCGAUUGGUGAUCUUUUUUCUUCGUAUUUAUUCAUCGUAUCUUCCUUAGUGGUAAUGGGUGGAAUAUUCGCGUAUCUCAAUUAUCUGACACCAAAGAGCAGAAAGGAAAUUCUCGAGUUCCUGGUUGGUGGUUUAAAGAGAUUGGAAUAUCGAGGCUAUGAUUCGGCAGGUGUUGCACUUGACAGCGCCGAUGGCAAGGAUAUCUCAAUUAUUAAAAAGCAAGGAAAAGUCAAGGCUCUCGAAGAAGAGAUUUUUUGUAAUACUGAUAUUGACUUCGACUCAAAGAUUCAUAGCCAUGUUGGUAUUGCACAUACUCGUUGGGCGACUCAUGGUAUCCCAUCGGAAGUAAAUUCGCAUCCUCAAAGAUCAGAUACUGAUCAUGCUUUUGUGGUUGUACACAAUGGCAUCGUGACAAACUAUAAAGAAGUGAAGACGUUACUCCAGCAAAGGGGCUACAAUUUCGAGAGUGAAACCGACACGGAAGUAAUCGCCAAGCUCAUUCACCAUCUUUGGGUGCAGCAUCCUGGUUACUCGUUUCGCGAACUGGUCGAGCAAGUUGUUCAACAAUUGGAAGGUGCAUUUGCUCUGUGCUUCAAGAGCAAAUAUUUUCCGGGCGAAUGUGUGGCAACGAGAAGAGGAUCACCACUUCUUGUGGGUAUUAAAACAAAAACAAGAUUGGCCACUGAUCAUGUACCCAUCUUAUAUGGAAAAGAUGAAUCUCCAUGCGUAAGCAAAGAAGGUGAAGCGCCGACACAAGAUCAUCGUCCGCAUGGCCGAAAUACUGAACUUCCGGUGAUACCACGCAGCGAGAGUACUUCCGAAUUUCAACCAUUGGAAGAUAAAGAAGUCGAAUAUUUCUUUGCUUCUGAUGCCAGUGCUGUGAUCGAACACACAAAUCGUGUUAUAUUUCUGGAAGAUGAUGAUGUAGCUGCCGUGAAAGAAGGUGCUCUUAGCAUUCAUCGACUUCGUCGAUGCAUGGAUGAUCCUCAUGCAAGAGAAAUUACUACGUUGAAGAUGGAAAUCCAACAGAUCAUGAAGGGUAACUAUCAAUAUUUCAUGCAGAAGGAAAUCUUUGAGCAACCUGAAUCAGUGGUAAACACUAUGAGAGGACGUUUGAAUUUCCAGGAUAAUUCUGUCACGUUGGGAGGUAUUAAAGAUUACAUUCCUGAGAUCAAAAGAUGUAGACGGUUGAUGCUUAUUGGCUGUGGAACAAGCUAUCAUUCUGCUAUUGCUACUAGACAACUUUUGGAAGAAUUAACUGAAUUGCCAGUUAUGGUUGAAUUAGCUUCUGAUUUCCUAGAUAGAAACACGCCAGUAUUUAGAGAUGAUGUUUGUUUCUUUAUCUCACAAUCAGGCGAAACAGCAGAUACGCUAAUGGCUUUACGAUAUUGUAAAGGACGUGGAGCUUUAAUAGUCGGUAUUACCAAUACUGUAGGCAGUAGUAUUUGUCGUGAAUCACACUGCGGUGUUCAUAUAAAUGCUGGUCCUGAGAUUGGUGUUGCCAGUACAAAAGCUUAUACCUCUCAAUUUAUUUCUCUUGUAAUGUUUGCUUUGGUUAUGAGUGAAGACAGAAUUUCUCUUGGUAAUAGACGUCAACAGAUUAUUGAAGGAUUAAAAAAUUUGGAUAAUCUUAUUCGUAAAGUUCUUCAACUUGAUAGUAAAGUCAAAGAAUUAGCAAAAUCUUUAUUCCAACAUAAAUCCUUGUUGAUUAUGGGUAGAGGAUACAAUUUUGCGACGUGUAUGGAGGGUGCUCUGAAAGUUAAGGAAUUGACGUAUAUGCAUAGUGAAGGUAUUAUGGCAGGCGAAUUAAAACAUGGUCCUUUAGCACUUGUAGAUGAUUCAAUGCCAGUGAUAAUGAUCGUUAUGAGAGAUCCAGUUUAUAUAAAAUGCAUGAAUGCUUUACAACAAGUUACAGCACGAGAUGGUAAACCAAUUGUUAUCUGUGAAGAAGGAGAUAGUGAAACGAAAAUGUUUGCAGAUAAAGUUCUUGAAGUACCUAAGACAGUGGAUUGUCUUCAAGGAAUUCUUACUGUUAUUCCAAUGCAACUUUUAUCUUUCCAUAUUGCAGUUCUUCGUGGAUGUAAUGUUGAUUGUCCAAGAAAUUUAGCAAAAUCGGUCACGGUUGAAUAAAAUUUCAUUUAAGAACAUAAGGGAUUUAUUUCAAAUAUUGUUAUUGUUAAAUAUUGAAUUUGAAUUGAAUUUGAAUUAUAAAAAAUAAUACGGCACAGAAGAAAUUUUCGAAAUAAUAUGAAAUUGUUAUCGAUUACAUUUUGAUACGUUUUUAAAUACUAAAUAUCGUAUUAAAGUACGAAUAAGAUAAAUGCAAUUGUAUUUAUUUCUUGUAUUUGUGAACGUGUUAGAAAAUAUUUACAGUUAGCUAUUAGUCUUUAUAUUAAUCUUAUUAAAAAACAAAUACUUUUUAGUAAAAUCAAUGAAGAAGUUCCUUACAUGGAACUAAAUUAAUUGACUUUCCAGAAAAUAAUUCCAGUGCAUUUAAUAAUUGUAUAUAUUUAUACCAAUUAAUAAGAAACAAAAGGAAAAAUAUAUAACGCUUUUCAGAUUAUAAAUAAAAUGUAAUUCUAUUUCUUAUAAUCAAGUUGAAUAAGACUGCAGAAAAAGAAGAAUUGUAUCGUGAUCUUAUGCUACGAUAUUUACAUGUGAUUAUUCUGAAAAAUGUUCAUAUGUGCGUAUGCAGAUGUGUAUAUUUCAUAAAUUUCAAUCGAGAUAAAAAAAACAAACAAUAAUGGAUUAGGUCUAAUAGAAAAUUAAACGAUUGAAAGAAAUAAUAAUAAUUUAUGUAUAUGAUAAUCGUAUUUUUUACUUCAUAGUAAAAUAUGAUUUUUAUCAUAUGCUUUGAAAAAUUUCUAUUUUGUACAGUAUUUAAGACAGGAACAAAUAUGAAAUGUUUUUACUUAAUAAAUAUCUUCGAUUUUGCUACGAAAAAUAUAUAUGAGAACAACUUAUAAGUAAAUUUUGUUACUGAUGUAAUAUAUUCAUGUUUAAAAAUGUUGUAAAAUUUACGGAUUUUAUCUAUAAUAUAUGUAGUAAAACUUUGAUGUUCCAUCUUAUAGCUGUAAAAAAUUUCCGGUUUCUUGUUUGUUGACUAAAUAUAAUAGAAAAAUAAAUGUAAUUUUUAUAUUGAUUAGUUGAGGUGUUGGAAAAAUAACAUAAUCGUCUGUAAUUUACUUAUAAGGUCAUAUAUAAUAUCUUUUAAAGUAUAUUAAGCAACAAAUAAACUUUUAGAAGAUAUAAAUAUAAAUAUAUAUAUAUAUAUACACACACACACACACACACACACACACACACACACAUAUAUAUGUUAUUCAUAUCAAAUUAUAAUAUGUGUUCAACAAAAUGCACAUGGAUGUACAUUUUUUUUUAAAUAUAAUCACAAUUAAAAUGUAAAUGUAUUGAAUAAAUUGUUAAAGAAAAA